AUGAAAUCGCUCCGCGACCAUACACAUAAGGAUGUAGAAAGGUGUUGGUCCAACGUGCAAGAAAAGACUUUGAAUGAGGUCAAGAGCCUCAUCACGUCUACCCCCAUGCUCUCAUACUACAAGCCCGAUGAGCUGUUAGAAGUGCAGUGUGACAGUAGUCAAGCUGGUCUGGGCGCGGCCUUUAUGCAAGGUGGGCACCCCUUAGCCUAUGCAAGCAGAGCGUUAACAGAAACAGAUACCCGUUAUGCACAGAUUGAAAACGAAGCGCUUGCGAUUGUUUUCGCCAUGGAGAAGUUUAACGACUACACAUUUGGCAGAAAGACAGUGGUUCUCAGUGAACACAAGCCACUGGAAUCAAUUCUUAAGAACCCUUUGCAUCGUGCCCCCCAAGCGUUUGCAAGGCAUGAUAAUUUGCCUGCGGAAAUAUUAGCUGGAGGUGAAAUAUCAAAAGGGAGACACGAUGUUCUUGGCAGACACCCUCUCAAGAGCGUUUCUCCCAGCCGGUCAGCAAGACGACUCUGA